GUGGCUAUGGCUACAGGUCAGGUGCUGUUCCAGCGUUUCUUUUAUACCAAGUCCUUUGUGAAACAUUCCAUGGAGCAUGUGUCCAUGGCCUGUGUCCAUUUGGCCUCCAAAAUUGAGGAGGCUCCGAGGAGGAUCCGGGACGUGAUCAACGUGUUCCAUCGCCUGCGGCACCUACGUGAGAAAAAAAAACCUGUGCCUCUAAUUCUGGAUCAAGAGUAUGUGAACUUGAAGAAUCAGAUAAUUAAGGCAGAAAGGAGAGUGUUGAAGGAGUUGGGAUUCUGUGUCCACGUGAAGCAUCCUCACAAGAUAAUCGUUAUGUACCUUCAGGUAUUAGAAUGUGAACGUAACCAACACCUGGUCCAGACCUCAUGGAACUACAUGAACGACAGCCUGAGGACAGAUGUCUUUGUAAGAUUCCAGCCAGAAAGCAUUGCCUGUGCAUGCAUCUACCUGGCAGCCAGGACUCUGGAGAUCCCUCUGCCCAAUCGCCCCCACUGGUUUCUGCUGUUUGGAGCAACAGAGGAGGAAAUCCAGGAAAUCUGCAUAAAAAUCUUGCAGCUCUAUACCAGGAAAAAGGUGGAUUUAUCUGAUCUGGAAAGUAAAAUAGAGAAGAAGAAAUUAGCUAUUGAAGAGGCAAAAGCACAAGCUAAAGGCUUAGUACCAGAGGGAGCCCCGAGCUUGGAUAACACAUCGGGAUUUUCCCCUGUCCCCAAAAAUGAGUCUCCAAAGGAGGUUAAAGGAAACAAACCUUCCCCACUACCUGUGCAGGCAAUGAAGAAUGCCAAGAGGAAAACGGAGGGAGCCAAAAGGACAAGCUCCAAUAGCCCAGUAAAUGGUGUCCAGAAAGGAAGAGAAAGCAGAAGUCGAAGUGGAAGCAGAGACCAGAGUUACUCGAGGUCGGCGUCGAGAUCUGCGUCCCCUAAACACAGGAAAAGCGAAAGCUACUCCACCUCCAGCGGCUCCAAG